AUGGACAAACUGUUAUUGGGUGGAUUGGGAUCCAAAUCCAAGUCAUUGAGUUGCUGUUGGUUGGUUCAUCAUCCACAUGAAAAUGUGUUAAUAACUACGGAUGAUAAGAGUCAACUGAUUGCUGUUUAUCAUAAUGAACACGCCGAUGAUGUAGAAGAGAAAAAAGAAAUUUCAUCGUGCAAACAAAAAGAACCAACUUGUGCUGCCUUUUCUAUGGACGGUUAUCAUUUGUUUGUUGGCUCGAAAGAUAACGAUGUGAGGAGUUACAAAUAUCCAUCUUUUGAAUUUGAAGGUGUGAUUGCACGCUCAGACCAUGUAAUUACCAGUUUGAGUGUGAAUAAGAAUAAUUUGAUUAGUGUUAGUAGUAUGUCAGAAAGCAGCUCUGUUCAAAUUGUCGAUGUGAGUUCUGUUGAAAGGCCAAAAACAGUGCUUAAAAUUCCAGUUACUGGCGGAGUUCUUUGCUCAAAGAUUAACUCUGACAACAAUAUUGUUGCGUUCGUAACAAGUGACAGGGAUUUGAAAGUUUUUAACAUCGACAACGAAGAAGAAUUGCUCCAUAGCAAACAACAAAUAUCCAAAGAGAUUACAAAGUUCUGGAAUAAUCAGCAAGGAACCACAGAUUUUUGCCCUCUAGCCAUUUCAUGGAGCUUAUGUGGAGACAUUCUGUUUUGUCCAAACGCCACAAUUAUUGAAAAAGAUUCCAAGACAUGGAAAAAGCAUGCUAUCACGAAAGGAGAAAUCUCGAACGACAUCUAUAUCACAUCCUUCUCUCCAAACUCUGUACAUGUAGCACUAAUUGAUCUCGACAAGAACAUUAAUUUAUUUGAAUAUCAAUCUUUUGCUUCAAAAAAACCUAAGCCUUAUCAAAGCAUUUCUCUUAAAUCAGUAGUAACGUCAAUUGACUGGUCAAACACUUGUAACAAAUUCUUUGUGGCAACUAAGGAUGGAAGUAUUCACAUGAUUAGCCACUUUAUUAACGAAAAGAAACACAAGUCUACCUAUAAGGUUGUAGACAAUGAACAAUAUAUUAAGAAACUUCAAGAUAUUGACACAGAUGAUGUGUUAUCAUUAAUUGGUGGUGACGACAACACUGAACAAAAGAAGGUCAAAAAAGUUGCUGAAGAGAUCAUAGACGAUGACGAAAUUGAUGAAUUAAUGAAAGAUCAAGAGGAACAUUUGGUUGACGAAGAAGAAAUUGAGCCUCUUGAAGUAAUGCAUAGCCAAGAGCAACAAACAAGCCUCAAAGAACAUGAUUUUGGAGUUGACGCAUCGUCAUUUAACACUGUUCCUGUGAAAAAACAUGCUCUCAUUCAACCUACUUCAUCUCCAUUUGAAAAAGUUGAGAAAGAGUACAAGAGAUAUUUGGCCAUUACUCAACAUGUUGGUUUGAUCACUUCUUCCACGAACAUGACUCCAGAGAGUGCUCCUUAUUACAACAUCCAUAUCAAAUUUAACCUUGCUGGUUACUCUGAAGAGAAGUUUAACGAUCAACAUAAACCUCAUGUGGCUGCCUUGAAUGAAAACGGAAUUGUAUUUGGAUCCAAUGCAAACGAUCUCAUUCAUAACGCAGUCAUUCAAUUCAGAAAAUUGAGAGUGACACAUCAAGACAAGAGCUGGAAAAUUAGUUUACCCUCGGACGAGAAGAUUGUGCUUGUCACUCUGGGCUCAUCCUUUGUGGCAGCAGGUAUUGAAAAAGAAACCAAGACUGGUCAAACUCGUUGCUCCUUGAUCAGAGUUUAUUCAAGAGAUCAAAUGAAUCUUGGUAAUAUUGCCGUGGGCGGAAAUCUAGUUUCUCUUUGUGCUUCUGAAAACAAUCUAGUCAUUAUUUAUCAACAAGGAAUGGGUCUCUUCAUGGACUGGUAUGACAUUUCGCAUUUCAGCUGUCUUAAAUCACAAAAAGCAUUACCAUGUAACGAGAUUCUUUGGGUUGGUUUUGGCACAGAGACCAAAGAUUUGCUUUAUGUCUUUGAUAGCACUCAAAUUUUAUACUUACUUAAUCCAGAUACUGAUUCAUUCUCGGCUUGGUGUGACUUGAAGAAAAAUAAUGAUAACUCUACACACUUUAUCAGUAUCAUUAGUGACGCUAGUAUUUACUCGAUAUUAUGUGGUAACCAUAGAUCUACUCCAGCUGCUGGUUAUGACAUGACUUCCUUCAAGUUAAAUGCAACCAACAUUGAGGAUGUGUUCAUUGGAUCUACUAUUGAAUUGGAGAAGGGACACGACAAACCUCUUCGGCUUUCUUAUGCUCGAUACGUCACCAGGAAUGUUCAUUUCAAUCAUGCCUUCAGAAAAGGAACUGCCACAAAGGAAGACAUUGUUGAGAUUGAUCGAUUGGUUAUUGCUUUGAUUACAAGAUGCAUCGAAUUGAAAGAAUACACAACGGCUCUAAACUUUGCCAAAGUGUUGAGAAUGAAAUCGAGCAUGAACAUUGUCGCCAACUAUGCUGACUCACAAAAGGACUCAAAGCUUGCGUCUGCAUUGAGAAGUCUUGAAAUUUCUGCAAAAGAUGUUAGAAAUCCAAAAUGGCCUUUCCCAUCUUUUGAACAAGGAGUAACCCCUGCAGUCUCUGCUAGCAAUCCUCGUGGCAGCGACCAUGAAAAAUUCAUGACUCGAGAACAGGUCACAGAAUUGAUCAAACAAAUGUUGUCCUCUUCUUCACACAAUAAUGGAGGUAGCAAUGGUCAUACUGAAAAUUCACGCCACCACACUGACAAAACAUCAACUGCUGAGGACGAGCCAUUGAAAUUAUUUUCUUCCUCGCAAGAAACAAGCUCUGUUGCCUCUCUCUCACCAGUGUCGUCAAAGAGUGACAAAUUUGAAGGAGAAGCGGAAUUUGUUUUCGAGAACUCUUCAACAACAAACAAGACAAUUCCUCAAAUGUUUUCUCCAAAGAGACCAAGAAAGAAGAGUGUUGACGCGUGUGUGAAAAAGAAGCUUUCAAACACUAGUUCAAAUGGCGUGCAACCAAAGAGUCCUGGAGUGAAUCCUUUCCAAUCAUUCAAUGCUAAGGCUGGUACAAACAUUGACAAGCAACCAACCUCCACUGCUCCUCAACCUUCUGCAUCGUCAGAUGACAUUCUUUCGAGAAUUUCCGAAUUGGGAGGUGCCAUCGAUAACGAAGAUGCCAAAAAGAGAAAACGAGAAGCUGAAAAGAAAAAGGAGGAAACACAAGAACAACCAAGCAACAAGAAGAAAAAACAACCAGCCACACAACAACCCUCUGUCUUGGAGUUUGUGAAAAAGAAUGUAGCCAUUCCAAAGAUAAGCUCUUCGGAAUUAAGCUCAGCCACUAAGGAAGCCUUGUUGCAAAAAGUAUCCCAAGAGGAAGAGGAUGAUUUGGAUGUUUCUGGAAUCUUGAAUUAA